AUGAGACUAAGUAGAAUAGGGACUCCCAAAGUGUCAGUCACAAGGGUCAUUCCCGUUCGUAAUGUGGUGAUAGCGAGGAGAAAACCUGUCAGAGCAAGUAACACCGACGCAAAGACAUGGCUAAUGAAAGAAGAGCAGAGAAGAAUAAGACAGAAGGAGCAGGAGAUGAAACAAAGGCUAGAGGAACUAGAAAGGUUCAAAACAAAAGUACAGAAAUCAUAUAUAAGGAAAGAGGAUAGGCAUUUGGCACAAGAGAUAGAAAAGGAUCUUGACAUAAUCACUGAUGAUUACAAUUUGGACAGCGAUGUAGACCUGGUCUUUGGAGAACUCAUGCAAGCAGAAGAGCAGCCCAAAUCGUUGAAGAGUUUACCAGGAGCCAGUGAUGCAAGUGAUAACACAGAUAAAUCGGUGGAACUGUUUUCCUUUCCAUCUCCGAAUCUGACGCUACCUGAAAAGGUGAUACACCAUAUUGGGCCACUGGUGAAGCACAUCAGUAAUCCUGAAAACAUUCAAUGGGGGAGACUUUUACUGGAUUUGGAAAAAAAUCAGGGGUUUAACGGUCUAUCUGCCGUAGAUGUUACCAGACUGAUUCAAAAUAUACCCAAAGAGGAAAAAUAUCAGCAUAUGUCUUUGAUUCAUGAAAUGAUGUUUAACAGUGGGAUCAGUCCUGAUCGGUACUUGACAGAUUUGAUGAUGACUGCCUUCUCUGAAAGGAGCUACUAUGAACCAUUGGUUGAGGCUCUUUUCCAAGACUAUGACAUCAAUGGCUGGGCUCCAACAGAUUAUACUUUUGGAGCAUUGAUCAAAGUAUAUUCCAAGGGAAAGAAGCUCGAUAAGAUCAAUAAUCUUCUGAAUCAAAUGAAACUAAAAUACCAUAAGGAACCCAAUAAAAAGAUAUAUACCAUGGUCUUACAAACCUGUAUGAAGAUUGAUGAUUAUAAAAAGACUUCUGAGGUCUUUGAUGCCAUGAAGUUUAAUUCUGUCGCCACUAAUCCAGAUACGACGGCUUAUGGUUCGAUGAUAUUAAUGCAUGUGCUCAAUGAUAAUGUGGAAGCAGCAUUGGAUCUGUAUGACAAUUUGGAAACAGAACCAGACGAAACCAUUCUGCUUGCUUUGGCAAGAGGUUGUUCUUCAAGAAAAGUUUUGAUCAACCGGGGAUGGGAUUUCAUUAUUGAAUACUACAAGAGAAAGUUUCCAUUGAAUGAAAAAUUAAUGACCGUGAUGAUGUACCUUACUAGCAGAGACGGAGAUCUAUCCCUUACCAGAGCUAUCUACAAUACCAUUCACGAGUCAAGGUUCAAGAUGACUGAAUCGUUCAGUAUGAAUAAGAAUGAUGGAAUAGCUCUGAAUGUAUUGUUGCGUGGAUAUUUCAAGUAUCCGGACAACCAUACUGUGCAAUCCAAAACCAACGAUGCAGUGGUGGCAUUGAGACGCAGCACAUUGGCAUUGAAUCAUUUUGGCUACCAUCCUAAAGCUACACCUUUCCUUCCUGUGAACGAGCUUGAAGAGAAGCACAUAUUACCAGAAGUCCAGGCAAUCUGGUCAUAUAUCAUUCUGCAUUACCCUGAUAUUGUCACAUCCGAACUGGUAGGAACUUACUUGAUGAUAUUGGCGACUCGAGGUUCAAUGGCUGACUUUAACAAAGCUUUUGAAGAAUUGACGUUGAAACCUGUGUUUGAACAGGUCGACAAUGCAGUAGCAGUGGAAGAAGAAUCUGAGCAAUCUUCCGAGCUGUCAGACCUUCGUUUAACUCCUCUGGCCAUCAGGUUAUCCUCCAAUAUCCAGAUCAAAUACCCCAGAAAUCAUGACAUCUACCAUAUAGCUCUUCAGGCCUGUAUCAACAACAAAGACAUAGAACUUGGCCAGAGGAUUUGGCAGGAAAGAGGGAGGUUUAGAAAAACGCCCGAAUUUUCAAUGCAACCCAGAAACGUCAAACACAACCAGGAUUUUGAGUUUGCUAGAGACAUGUUGAAACUCUUAGUCAAUUGCAAUGAACUAAAUGACGCUUGCAGGUUGCUUCUUUCAACAGAGACUCAAUUUAAUUGGGAAUGGACAUACGUGAAACCAGUGUACAUAAUGGCAGAACAACUUGGAGAUGAGUAUGCCAAAAAAGUGGUAAGACGAGUAGUCCGAAACAAAAAGUCCAAGUGGAGAGAAGAGUAUCUCCAAGGUAUGUAA